UUUGAAAGUUUUACAUCUCUCAUAGAUAAAAUUGAUGUCUUUAUGCACAUUAAUCUCUCCUGAGCAGAGAGAAACAGAUUUGAAGAGUGGACAUGAUGAAGGGAAAAUGAGACUGAGGGAUUCAGUGACUUUUUCAUUUCCACCCGGAGACACCCAAGACUUAGGAGAUGGGCCAGGAGAAAAGGUGUUGGUUGUGUCUAUGUGUGGGAAGACACCAAUGCAUUCAGGGGGAGCCAAGCGUAUUCCUUUGCAUGAACUUGUGGGAAAGAUAAUUUUUGAGCGAGCUGCCUGUCGUUGUCCUGACCUGGAUGAGGCCAUGACAUUGGUAGAGGGCUAUUAUGAUGUCCAAGAGAAGGUUGUCUACCUUUGCCUGAAUGGUGUCUUUGAUACUGCCUGCCUCCCACAAGUAUGGGCUCGAGAGGCCAACAACCUCUAUGAUGAGGGUUUCCUUUGUACAUGGGCUUCCAUGAAACGCACUUAUGCCAAAGCAAUGCUGUUCCUCUUCCUUGUCUCUCAUGUGGUCAUCAUCUACCAUCCCACACCUCGUUUUGACAUCACCUACAUUACCCUCUUUCAAGCUAUUGAAGAAGCCCGACAGAAGGUGCAAGGAUCGGUGUCAGACAUCCUCCGCAGUGUUGCAGGUAUACCUAGGGAAUGGGCAUCACGUGGACGUCUCUGUUCACCUCGGGUCUUGUUCUAUUUCCACGAUUGCCCACGUCAUCUCCUCAGUCAGCAGCCAUCCAAGAAGCAUCAGUCUAAUCUCAAAUACCCUCUGGUGAAGAAACUGGAACACUCCUUGGAGGAUCAGAUCUACCGUAUUCUCCGCAAGAGUCGGGUGAUCACCAACGUCAGUGCCAAUUCCCUAUUUGCCAUCCCUUCAAAUCAGGAGUUUGUUUACGUGCAGACCGAAGAAGAUGAAUCUAUUUCAACUACAUUCAUCAUGGACCAAUUGCUCUCAAGCAUUCGUCAGGUUAAGGAUGGUACAUCUCGAGGAGUGUCUCGCUCCCAGGGCCAAGCUUCAAUGGGGACUGGGAAUCAUGCAGGAGGAAGCCAUAUUUCUGCAUUAUCAGUCAUGCAGCAGUCAGGCUCUGGUGCUCCUGUGUUGCUCAGUGAGGCAUUAGGUAUCUCCUUUAAUGGAAGGAGUAAUCUCCCAUUGCCUGGAGAGAAGCACUUGUUUGUCAACUUUUUGAGAGAGCACAUUGAGCUUGGAUUGACAAAAGGUUUUGAUGAUAAUGUUGGCAGACAUGCUACUCCAGGCUUCUUUGAAAUGGCAUCCUUCUCCAUAUGGCUGAUGGCUGCUAACAGAGUCCAUGAACUGAUCAUCCGUAAAGAGAUACAAGAUCCCAAAGUAGACCUAGCCAUGGAUCACCUUUCAAGCCUUCUUAAUCCUGACCUUAGAUUCAGUGAGGCUCGAUGCAGCAAGGUCCUUCCAUUGGCUCUCUCUGCUUAUCAAGAGAACUUACCACCUCAUUACACUGAAGAUUACCAUGAGACAAAGCUGUUCCAUGCAGAAACUGCCUUUAUGCAGCAGGCAAGAGGCCCUGCAUGUGAGCGCUUUGUGGAGAAGCUGAGAGAAGAGUGUGAUGCCAUCUGGCAUGGAGGACGAGAAAUGUGUGCUGUACUUAGUCUUCGUGGGAACCAGUGCAUCAAUCCUAAGCAUCGCACCCCUCUGGACAUGGAAUCUGGCGAGAAUCAUCUCCCUGUGAUGCCACACUUGAGCCAAGUGAAGCUGAUUUCCACCUGCAACUGUGGACGUAUGCAGGGAAGCCGAGAUGACCCAUUUGAUCUCAGCGCUGCCAAUUUUGACUUCUAUCUCAUUUUGGAAGAAGCCUGUUGUGCUCCUCUGGAGAAAUGGAACUUCCCUGUCUUCCAACCCAGCAUCAAGGAUUUCCGAGCAGCAGAGGUAGUAGAAGACUAUUGGUGUCAGGUGCAGACCAAUGGAAAGGAUGCAGAACCUCAGGAAGGGGCUAGAUCAGGAACAUCCCUGGAUCACCUGAGUGGUCCUGUUGCAUCAGCAGAAACUAAGCAGGCUCUUGUCAAGGGACAGUCGGGUCCAGCCACUGCUGCCUCCCACACAGACUUCCAGCUCACACUAGGUGGUGCUGACAGUGGAGACCUCUUUACUCAUGAUGAUACCAAGUUCCUCCAUCAAUCAGCUGGAGUAUCAGAAGAUGAGGUUGACCAAGGGCUGAAGAGCCAGGAAGAUGAGUGCGACCGGGAGAAAAGGAAAGAAAUCCUGGCAGUUGCAGAAGAUGGUGAGAGGGAGAAUGACAAUGAAGAAGAAGGAGAUGUUGAUAAGAACAUUGAAGAAGAUAAUGUGGGUGAUAUUAAUGAACAAGAGAAGAAUAUGCCUGAACAGCUUGUCUAUUUCCAAUGGACCAUAGCAGAAGCAGAAGAGACAGAGGAUAAACUGCUCAAGAUUGCAGGGCAAAGUAGCAAUGGAGAACAGGAAGUCUCUACAACUGAGUAUCUUCCAGGGAUGAUUCAUUCCGAGAGCCCUCCCUCACUACUUCCUCAAUUCCCUCACUGGUCUCUAGUUUGCCUGGGCUCUUCGAGCAUCUACUCUCAUAGUUCUGGUGUUCAUGAUCAGCCUGGUUUCUGGUCUGGUUCUAAUGUCCUCCUUCCCUGGGAUGUUCCUGUGAAGAUUGACUCCAAGGACAAGUGGCCAGCCAUUGCUGAAUCGCUUGGCAAGAAGGGACAAUACCUGAAGGCCAAACGUGGUAAAGAGCCUACUGAAUUUACAGUUAAGGUCUUUGUUGGCAUGGAGUACGAAUGUCCACGAGGACAUCGUUUCAUGGGUGCUUCACCUGAGAGAGUCCUCAAGGCUGGGUCUGCAGCAUCUGGAAAAGACUCUGCUCUCAAGGUGGUGAACAAUGACAUGCCUCUGUAUAUGUCCUGCCCCUGUCGGAGUGGGAUGCAGGGCCAAUUGAUGCGGGUGCAUUUGGUGACCCCCAAAGCUCCUGUGAAAGUGACUUUGAAUCCUCGAGUAAGGCCAGCUCCAUCUCCGUGUCCCACAUUUCAUCCUGGACCACAAGGCCCCUACUAUCCUCCACUGGAACCUGUAAAAUCUGAUUAUGCUGUGCUCCUCAAGGAU